AUGAUAGACCCUUCUCUCAUUCACCCAGAGCUUACUCGUCCACCUAUGGGCAUUCCUUCCUAUGACAACCACUAUCAACAACACAACCACCACACAUAUCCCGCAUCACCUUCUGCUUCUGUCUCUUCCUCUUCGCCUCAACCUCAGAUGAUGAGGACCAAUAGUUCUUCACCAUUUCUCCAGGCCAGCAACUUCCAAUCCACAUUUCCCAGCAGCCCCUACUGUGCGCCAAUGGACAACCAAACCCACAUUCGCGCCCCAAGUAUCAGUCAAUUCGUCCCACCAACACCAGGCGAGUACAGCAGUGAUGAGUCCAAGGAGAAGCAAAGAUGUACUUGGCCUGAUUGUGGCAAGACCUUCAAGGAUCUCAAGGCUCACAUGCUCACUCACCAGAAUGAGCGCCCCGAGAAGUGUCCGAUUCAGACUUGCGAGUACCACACUAAGGGUUUCGCUCGCAAGUAUGACAAGAACCGCCACACUCUCACACAUUACAAGGGCACAAUGGUCUGCGGGUUUUGCCCAGGCUCUGGAUCGGCUGCGGAGAAGUCCUUUAACCGCGCCGAUGUCUUCAAGCGUCAUCUGACUGCCGUUCACGGUGUUGAGCAGACACCUCCCAACAGCAGGAAGAAGUCUGCCAAUGCCAACGCCAACAAGAAGCUGUCUGGCUAUGCCCCUGACGCUACUGGCAAGUGUAGCACUUGCUCUCAGACCUUCUCCAACGCCCAGGACUUCUACGAGCAUCUUGACGACUGUGUUCUCCGCAUUGUGCAGCAAGAGGACCCUGCCGAGGCCAUCAAUGCCAAGCGUCUCGCUGAGGUCGAGAACGAUAAGGAUGUUCACCAGACUCUUGAGAAGAACAACCUGCCUACCACUACCGAUGUCAUCAUGACAAAGCAUGAGGAUGACGACAGUGGUGAUGAUGAUGAGGAGAGCUCACCCAAGGGUAACUCUUCCCCUUCAAUUAAGAGAAAGGGUAACCCUGUCAACGGUGUCCAGAAGUCCCGAGGCGUUACUCACUCCCGUGGUGGCGUUGCCCUGGGAUCCAAGUCGCGCAGCCGCAAGAACCGUCGCGAUUACCCUUCAUCGUGGGGAUUUGACAAGGGUCAGAUGACCAUGAAGAAGCGUGUCGUGGCUGUCUUUGAUGGCCCUCGACGCCUUGCCAAGGAUGACAUGAUGCUCUCCACUGAUCACGAGGUCCGCAUCCCACUGUCUGAUGGCAAGGCCUAUGUCACCGACCUCGAUAUUCAGACUCUGAACCGAGCCGCUGGCUUCCACGGAGCUACUGAUGAAGAGAAGGGUCCCUGGAUCUCAGAUGACCCUACCCCUGCGCAGCUCAAGGAGAUGCAGCAGAUGCUUGCAAACAACACCAACACUUCUCUGUAA